AUGUCAAGAUUCGAGAAAAAAAUAUAUCUUUUGAAAUUUUUAGAUGAACAAGUUUGUUCACUUAAAUUUGGUUCAUGGACACAUGAUGGACAUCAAAUUAAUUUAUCUCAUAUUGUUUAUAAUAAUAUUGAAAUGGCAUGUUCAUUUGAUGAUUAUCGAAUGCAAGGUGUAUUUUUUCAUAAUUAUUAUCCAAAUGGUGAAUGGGAAAUAAUUCGUGCACCAGCUAAACGUAAUCAAAAAAGUUAUACUUGUUGUUUAGAACCAUAUUAUGAUAUAACAUAUGUACUUGUAUUAAAACGUAAAACAUUAUUUUAUAGAAUUCAUUUAAUAAUUCCUUGUGUUGGUAUAUCAUUAUUAACAUUAAUUGUUUUUUAUUUACCAAGUCAAUCAGGUGAAAAAAUUGUUCUUUGUAUAAGUAUUGAAUUAGCAUUAACAGUUUUUUUUCCAUUAUUGGCUGAUUUAAUACCCUCAACAUCUGUAAUGAUACCGUUAUUAGGAAAAUAUUUAUUAUUUAUAAUGAUUCUUGUUAUGUUAUCAAUAUUAAAUGCAAUAAUUACACUUGCAAUUUAUUAUCGAGAACAAAAUUAUAAAAAAUCUAUGCCUAAAUGGAUGAAAUAUUUUUUUAUUAAAGUAUUAUCACCAAUAUUAUUUUUACCAUCACAAAAACCAUAUAAAAUUAAAAACUUUCAACAAAAAAAAAGAAAAUAUUUUAUAAAAUUACCGAAAGAUAAUACAUAUGAUAUUAUUUUUUCAAAUAUGUUAGAAAAAUUAAUCCAUUUAGAAGAAAUUGAAAGAAUUUUUUCAAAAUUUAAUAAAACUAUUAAAAAAAAUCAAAAUGCUCAUGAUUGGCAACAUGUUGCUUUAGUAUUCGAUCGAAUUCUAUUAUUUAUUUUUACUAUUGUUUCAUUAACAGGAACUAUUAUAAUAUUCGCACAAAGAACUCCACAUGCUGUUUCACACAUCGACUUGAAUAAUCUUAAUCAAGGAGUUUUUAAUGCUUGUAGUUAUCGACAUCAACAUUAA